AUGAAAGGACAUGGAAGCUAUGGCUACACUCCUGUGGGGAAGCCAAGUCUACAGAAGAUGGUUGGCGACUCGCACAAGCAGUCGAUGUGUGUUUUGGCCAUCGGAUUGAUUCUAAUCUUCAUGAUGCUGAUACUUGGCUUCUGCUACGUUUGGUAUUCGAGCGUGAUUCCACGUCAAUGCCCUACAGGGUUGCCAUUCUACUUCUGGCUGAAUGGCAUUUCCAAUUUGGCUUUGGCAGUGCUUCUAGCUAUUGGGCUCUACCUCAUGAAGGGAAUGAUGCUCUCGGUGAGCCAUCAAAUGCUAGCGCAGGGCAUGCACGAUCACGCCCAGGCCUACGCCAUUGCGGGAGGCCAUCAUUCCACGUCUGUUGCUGCCCAUCGCUCCGAGUUCCAGGAGAGUGCCCUGCACUAUGGUGGUGGAAUGACUGCAGUCCUGGUAUUGCAGUCCCUGGUGAUGUUGUUUCAACUGGGCUUGGGCAUCUAUGGCUGCUAUGAGGCUGUGAAGAUACAGCGCGAGGGCAACUCAUACAUUUGUGGAAAUGCGAUUCCCGUCUUUUGGACCUUGUUUAGCCUGCACCUGAUCCAGAAUUGCUGCAACCUUGGAAAAUUUCAGAAGGGCCGCUUGGAGCACAAGACAUUUGCUUCGUCCUUUUCUUUUUUCUUUGUUUCUACUAGCGAUGGCCUUCAACCAGCAAACUAUAUUAGAACUUGA